AUGGAUCGAACCGAAGAGGAUAUGAAACUCGUCGGGUUCUUCGGCAUAUUCAAACAAUCAUUCAAAACAAUCUUCUCAUCAAAGAAAAUUUUCGCGCAAAUCACUCUCGCUUUCAUCCUACCUCUCGCAAUAAUUUUCAUAAUUCAAAUGGAAAUCUCACACCGUUUCUUUUGGAGAAUCGACAACAACUCGUUACCAUACGAUACCAAUGGUUCACGCAAAGCAAUCGCCAUCGAUUGGCUCUACUACGCGCUAUUCCAAUUUGUGUACUUCAUUUUCCUAACCAUCUUUUCUCUCCUCUCUACCGCUAUGGUCGUGUUCACCAUUGCCUCAAUCUACACAACCCGUGAAGUCAUUUUUCGUAACGUAAUGAAAGUCAUACCGAAGGUAUGGAAACGACUUUGCGUUACUUUCAUAUUCAUAUACAUUGCGCAAUUCAUCUUCGACGUAAUUGGCGGUGUUGCUUUGGCUAUUAUUGGAGUUAUAUUCGUUUAUUCGGGUAUAGUCGGGGCCGUGGUUUUUAUCAUCAUUUUAAUUUUAUACGUAUACGGGUUUUUAUACUUGAGCGUUGUUUGUCAACUGGCUAGUGUUGUUACGGUUCUCGAAAACAUUCAUGGAUUUAACGCGUUGAAAAAAGGUAAGGUUCUGGCGAACGGGAAAAAGAAGGUGGGAAUGGGGAUUGCGUUUGUGUUGUACGGAAUUUUGUUGGGGUUAAUAUAUGUGUACAAGUGGUUCGUUCAAUACGGGGAUGACAUUUCUGGAUUAGGGCUGAUUUGGCGAGUGUUGAUUGGGAUAUUAUGUGGAGUUUUGCUUAUGAAGUUGUUUUUGGUGUUUAUUGUGACUCAAAUGGUGUUGUAUUUGGUGUGUAAAUCGUAUCAUCGGGAAGCGAUUGAUAAGCUGAGUUUAUUGACGUUUUUAGAGGCUUAUAUGGGGGAGACGGUUGUGUAUCCCGGACCCGGUGAGGAGAUUCAACUCGGACGCCCUCGACCUCCAUCUGAACAGGUUUGA